UUGAACGUUAAAUCAUUGAAAUCGCAAAUAUUAGAAAAAAAAAAAUUGUAAAUUAUCAAAGUAAAUUAUUAAGCGUAUCGCAAAAAAUAUUUAAAAAUGAUAAUAGGUUUAAGUUAAAGAAAAAUCAGCAUAUUUGAUAUGGCGAGAUUAACAUAUUACAAUGGUAAAGGAAUUAAUUUGGAUGAUAUUAUAAAUAGCGAUUUGUUUCGAGAGCACGAUGAAUCGAUUAUGAUAUGUGAUCUGACUGAUAUCGUUGUCAAAUAUUACCUUUGGAAAACAUUGAUGCCAAAAGUAACACCCUUUUAUGCUGUAAAAUGUAAUGACUCAUAUCCAGUAUUGAAAAUAUUAAAUGAACUUAAAGUUGGAUUUGAUUGUGCAUCAAUGGAUGAAAUUGACAAAGUACUAAGUUUGGGAUGUUCCCCAGAUCGUAUUAUAUAUGCUCAUCCUUGCAAAUUGGUGUCGCAUUUAAAAUAUGCUAAAGACAUGAAUGUUUAUACAAUGACAUUUGAUAGUAAUUAUGAAUUAUAUAAAAUUCGAACUUAUUAUCCGGAUGCCAGUUUAGUUUUAAGAUUUCGUUGUGAUGCAAAAAAAGCUUUAUGUCCACUCGGAAAAAAAUUUGGAUGUGAUCCAUACACUGAAGCACCCAAACUUAUGCAAUUGGCUAAAAAAUUGAAUCUAAAUAUUGUUGGUGUUUCAUUUCAUGUUGGUUCCGAUUGCCUUGAUUAUCCAAUAUAUGAGGAAGCAAUAAAACAAUCUAGAAAAUUAGUUGAUCUUGGAAAUUCAUUAGGCUUCAAUAUGAAAGUUGUUGAUAUCGGAGGUGGUUUUCCUGGUGAACAUAAUUCUAAUUUUAUUGAAUCAAGUCAGGUAGUAAAUGCAGCUUUAGAUAAAUAUUUUCCAAAUAGUGAUGAAAUUUUGUUAAUGGCUGAGCCAGGGCGAUUUUUUGUUUGCUCAUCAACUAUUGUUUUAUGUAAAAUACACUCAAUGAAAGAAAUUUUGGAUGAUAAUGGUAAUAUUGAAGAAAUUUGGUAUUAUUUAAGUGACGGCGCAUACGGAACAUUUAAUCAAGUAUUGACUUAUAAAGACAUAUAUCCAGUUUUUCCAAAACUAUGGAGCAAAAAUAAAAAUACAAGCAAAACGAAGCUUUAUAAAACAUUAAUAUGGGGACCAACGUGUGAUUCUAUGGAUAUUAUAAAUAAAGAUAUUUAUUUACCAAAAUUAGAUAUUGGUGAUCCACUUAUAUAUCCAGAUCUUGGAGCGUACGUAUUGCCAUUUAGAAGUAGAUUUAAUGGUUUUGAAAUAUCACGGGUAGAAUACUUUAUCAAUAAAUUGUUCAAAAUAGAAAAUAACAACAUGCAAGAUAAAAUGAGACCUUGUGAAAACUUAGGUCAUAAAACUUCAUGUACUAUCCAGUCGCAAGGCGAGAAAAUAAGUGGUUUUUCGGAUACAAGAAACAAAUUGUAUAGUGUUUGAAAAGUAUAAAUUUAAGUUGCAUUCAUUUUAAAUAUGUAGUUUGUUUGUGACCACAGUUUUUGUUAAUUUUACUGGUGAAUAAAAAUAUAAACCUAG